CACCGAUCAGAAAUAGGCCAUCCCAACGCUACACCUGAUACAGGUGUCCUUAGUCUAGCUCCUACCGUACGGUGAAAAACAUUUCAAUAUGGUGCCAUACCUCCGGUUCAUCUCGUUCUUAACAGUCUGCAUCUGCUUAGUGCACGGCUCCGACAUCGACGUGUGGAAGAUUUACAAUUAUCGACAGCCUGGUGGAGGCGCUAAAAAUCUAACCCCGAUCGAUACGCUAAAUGCGGCUAGAAAUGCUAAAAUCGUUGGUGGAAGAGAUGCCAACAUAGAAAAUUUUCCGUACCAGUUGUCUUUGCGACGGAGCGGAGUGCAUGCAUGUGGAGCAUCGGUGAUCGCUCUAAGAUGGGCGCUUUCCGCCGCACACUGUACCUAUCCGCAACCGCAAAUGAAUGAGAUGACGCUGCGAGCAGGGAGUUCCAAUCGAUUGUCUGGUGGCACUAUCAUUAGCGUUACUCAGAUCAUCAACCAUCCGCGAUUCAGCGAAUACACCAUCGAGUACGAUGUCAGUCUGUUACAAUCAGGAACAGACAUUAUGGGACAAUUCAUCGCACCAUUGUCGUUACCGCCGGCAACUAGUGGAUUCGCUCCAGGAACGGGCGCUAAUGUUACCGGGUGGGGUCUUCAAUCUGUCCCAAACUCACUACCCGUGCAGCUGCAAGUUGUCGAAGUGGCCUUGAUCGCCUUGGAUCAGUGUCGCAGUAGCUGGCCCGUCGAGUGGAUAACGGAAGAUAUGCUUUGUGCUGGUCAACCCGGUCGUGAUACGUGUGGCGGUGACAGUGGCGGUCCGCUGGUCAUUAAUGGCUACCAGAUGGGCAUCGCUUCCUGGGGAGUUUCCGAUUGCUCCGGCAACUUACCAUCGGUGUUCGCUAGCGUUGCCCACCCCGCCAUCAGAAGCUUCAUUCAGGAACAUUCGGGUGUUUAGACCUGAGAUCCAAUAAUGGACUACACGAACUUCCCCGUCAAUCAACUACGCUUGGUCCGUUGCUGUUUCCAAAAGUAUAACCAACUUCUAGCACAUUGCCAUCGUCUCUCAGCUCUUAUCACACGUUGUGAUAAAAAAAUAACAUGGCUGAGGGGAAGCCCGCCAAAAUCAUCUACCUUUGGGGCCACACGCGACGGCACCUAUUGCAUCGCAGUUUGCUACGGUAUCAGGUACAAUGAUAAAUCUGUUGUGUCUUAUCUGCUACUCUUUGCGGCAAUAAAGUUUCCCAUCCCUACUCCCUACAGUGCCCAAAUAGUAGAUUGCUUCCAAAACUAACCGAAAUUGAGCCACCAUAGGAAUGGAGGAGAAGUAGAUGAAAGUACUCGCGGCAACAGUCUCUUUAAUAGCUGAUACCAGAAUAAGCAACAAUUGCGAACAGUAAGCUCAUUAAGAUAUAACCAUCUUCCGGUUGGUAGCGAGACACAAUACCGUUGCCAAACUUGUGCUAGUAGACUAGGAAAUUAAAAAUGGCCACAAAUU